AUGAAGUUCACCGUCCUCGCUGCUCUGCUUUCUGCUGCCUCGACUGCGCUGGCGCAGAACAUCCAGCUCAGCUCUCCGACGGCGAAUGCCACUCUGACCCCCGGUCAGAACACGACCGUGCAGGUCUCGUUCCCGAACUCGUUGACCGGCGCGCAGCACGUCUCGCUUGUCAUUGGUCUGGCCAGCUGCUCGUCCGGCAGCGGCUGCCCCACCGACGCGUACUACGGCCUGGGAAAGCCUCUGUACGUCGGUGGCUUUGACCCCCAGUACCACGAGUCGGCGCUUCCGCCAUACCAGAACUUCAGCGUCCAGAUUCCCGAGGACGCGUCGGGCGUCAACCUCCUGACCGUGACUCACUUCAUGCUCCUUGGAGCGUCGACGACCCCUGUUCUGGACUUCAGCAACGCGACCGUUACCGUUGGCUCUAACUGA